GAACGCAAAAGAGGGGCUGACCCCUCUAAGAACUAAUAUAAAGUAAUAGCGGUAUAACUUAGCGUUUUAUUUGUCUUCUAUUUAAUUAUCAAAUCUUUUUUUCAGACAGUUGAGGCCAUGUAUAACAAUACAUGUGUAUCCUCAGGGGUGACUUCCACAGAGAUGAUAUAUAAAGACAUGAAAUGGUCAGAUUUGUUCAUGGAAAACUUCUGGGAGGUACUCCUGACUUACAGGAUUGAGUUCUUGGUCUGCACCACCUCUUGUCUGUCUGUGGUAGCGGUUUUUGUACUAUGGACACAGACUGACAAGAUUGGAGUCCCAGCCACUAGGUGUCGCCCUGAUCACAGAAUCAAACAGCCAGAAGAUGUGACAUGGAACUCAGCACCAACAGUGUCCUCCUACCUCCCUAACCCACCCCCAAAAAACAGAAGGUCUCGACAUCACAGAUAUAAAAGACGAAAUAAAUCAGUAGAAAUUUUAUCUCCUACUAUCAAUACCCCCUUGCAAAAUAUACACAGGAAUCAACGAAAUCAGAAUACCUCUAAAGAAACACAUUAUACUGACUAUAAAAGGCAUAUGAAUUGUCAGGAGACUAUAGAUCUGGCCGCUAUGAAGGACCAACCACACAUACAGGCUGUCAGACAAAAUUACCCAGAGGUUAGCUGGGUCAACAUAACAACUGCCUUGGUGUAUUUACACAAGUUCAGUGCUCUGGCUCAUAAAUCAAAAAUUAUUAUGAAGGCCCUGGAUCAUAUAAAGGAUCUGAUGGAGAGACCUGGCAGUAAUAUGGAGCGGUAUCUUGGUCACAACAUCCCUGUGGAUUAUACAGAGACGGAGCUCUGGGAGAUUGUCUCAUUCCACCAUGGAGACAUGAAGGAAGAAGAAUUUCUCUGGGUCUACCAGGAGUUCAGGAGGGAAAAUGGUUUUCCUCCAACCGUGACUGAAUUUUGUCUGCUUUAUGAGAAGAGUAUCCAAACAGCCAAAAUGAAGAAAAUAUAUACUAAACUACGAAAAAAGUAUGAAAAUACCCAAGAAUGCAUUGGAAACUUGAGAAAAGAAUUGGAGAAGAAACAGCAGGAAAAUGUAGAUCUGAAAUUAAAAUUGUCACAACUCGAACUUUUAAAGACACGAUCCUUGUGCAAGAUUUGUUUGCAGAAUGAAAUCUCUGUAUUGUUCUUACCAUGUGGCCAUGCUGUUUCUUGUAGGGCAUGUUUUAAUGAUGUCACAGCCAGACUUAAGAGAAAACAAAUGUGCCCUAUAUGCACUAGUCAGGUUAAAACCACAAAAUACCUCUACUUAGCUUAAAAUACCUCAAUGGUAGAUGUUUUAUUAAUGGGUAUUUUUGCAAAGCUAGCAUUUUAAAAUUGUCAUUUUGACUAUGAAAUUUUAUAUUCAGCAUUAAUUUUGUGAAAUGAACUUAGAGGUUGUGUCUAUUACUUUUCUCGUUUAUUGAGAAAGUUCACUAUGGAAGCAUCAUUUUCUUUUAUUUCCCACCGUGUUUGUUCUUUUAGAGACAUUGUUUAAGGGUUUUUUGUGUCAAUGUGCUUGUUUUUGAUCAUCUUGAAUUAAUUUUUAAAGAGUUAUGAAUUAAU